AUGGACGCACAGCUCUUGGAUGAGGUUGCCGACAGGUUCAACGCGUACCUUGAAGCCGUUCCGGCCGGAUUUCCUCAGUCUAUACUCGCUGCGGCAGCUGUUAUCCUCAGUAUAUUCCUCCUGCGACUGGCGCAGAGCUGGAAUGAAGACCAGGCUAUCGCAUACACCGUACCGCCGCCGAAGAUUCCGGAUGAGCACUCCAUUGUCGAGGAGACUAACGUCAAGAUCUCCGGCACGACUGCAAUCCAAUGUUACGCCCCGGCCACGGGGCAAUUCCUCGGCUUCAUCAACCCCUCCACCCCUGCCUCCAUUGACCGCGCCGUCGACGCUGCCCACGCAGCGCAGAGGAAAUGGAAAAAGACGACAUUUCGCGAGCGUUGUCAGGUGCUACGCACGAUGCUGCAGCACGUUCUCGAUAACCAGGAAAAUAUCUGCCGCGCCGCCUGUCUCGACUCUGGCAAGACCAUGGUGGAUGCUCAGCUGGGCGAGAUCCUUGUGACUGUUGAGAAGCUCACGUGGACGCUUAAACACGGCGAGAAGGCCCUUCGCCCCAGCCCGCGGCCUACGAACCUACUCAUGGCAUACAAGCGGAAUGAAGUGCGGUACGAGCCACUUGGUGUUGUCGGUGCUCUGGUCAGCUGGAAUUACCCGUUCCACAACCUCGUCGGGCCCAUCAUCUCGAGCAUCUUUGCUGGAAAUGGUGUGCUGGUCAAGGUCUCUGAGCAAACAGCUUGGAGCUCCCAGUACUUUACCAGCAUAGCGAGAGGGGCUCUUAUCGCUCACGGGCACGACCCCGCCCUGAUUCAGACAGUUGUGUGUUGGCCACAGACGGCGAACCACAUUACUUCCCAUCCCAGGAUAUCUCACUUGACUUUCAUCGGUUCCCGCCCCGUGUGCCUCAAGGUAGCUGCCUCGGCCGCCAAGUCGCUCACACCUCUGAUCGCGGAACUGGGCGGCAAGGAUCCUUCCAUCGUCCUCGACUCCGCCGCGAAGGAUUUGAAGCGUAUCGUUGAAAUCCUCAUGCGGGGCACGUUCCAAGCUUCCGGACAAAACUGUAUUGGAAUUGAGCGUAUCAUUGCUACGCCGAAGCUUUACGAUCAGCUCGUUGCCACCCUGGCGCCAAAGGUCCAGAAUCUUCGGCAGGGACCAACUGCAGAUGUCGGCGCCAUGAUCUCGGAUGCUGCUUUUGACCGCCUUGAGUCCCUAGUUGAUAAGGCAGUCGAGCAGGGAGCCCGUUUGCUCGCCGGUGGCAAACGGUACAUCCACCCAGAGCACCCCAAGGGCCACUACUUUGUCCCGACCCUCCUUGUCGACGUUACCCCUGAAAUGGAGAUCGCGAACGAAGAGUGCUUCGGGCCCGUCAUGACCAUCAUGCGCGCUCCCGGCCCUGACGCAAACUCUGUUUUGUCAGUGGCUAAUUCGCCAGAAUUCGGCCUCGGUGCCUCCAUCUUCGGCGGUGAUAACGAUCCCGUCCUCCGCGCCGUCGUCGACGGUCUCAACACCGGCAUGGUAGCCAUCAAUGACUUUGGCGCAACCUACGCCGUCCAGCUGCCUUUCGGUGGCGUGGGCGGGUCCGGCUACGGUCGGUUCGCCGGUGAAGAAGGUCUUAGAGGCCUCUGCAACAUCAAGAGCAUUUGUGUCGACCGCUUCGGCUGGUUGGGCGUCCGCACUGCCAUUCCCACGCCUGUCAAGUAUCCCGUGCCGGACCAGGAGCGCAGCUGGCGUUUUACUCGAGGUGUCGUGGGCGUGGGUUAUGCGCAGAGUUUGGCGGGCAAGCUCAAGGGCAUCCUCGAUAUUAUGAGGAAUGCUUAA